AUGCCUAAUCCAAAUACAGCAGAUUAUCUGGUGAAUCCGAACUUUAAGACCAGUAAAGGGGGGUCUUUGUCACCAACACCCGAAGCUUUUAGUGAUACGCGAAUUGCCGCGCCAGCUACGCUGCGCAUGAUGGGCAGACACUCCGGAUCAAGAAAUGACCAGCAACAAGCGCCACUAAUGCCUCCUGCGGACAUUAAGCAGGCCAAGGAACAAGCAGCUCAAAGACAAAAUGAUGCUUCCAGGUCUAAUGGUAGCAAUAAUAGUAACAAUGGCGGCAUGGAGUUGAGACAAUUCCACAGAAGAUCCCUAGGAGAUUGGGAGUUUCUGGAAACAGUUGGUGCAGGCUCCAUGGGUAAAGUAAAAUUGGUCAAGCAUCGUCAGACAAAGGAGGUUUGUGUGAUUAAGAUUGUUAACAGGGCCUCCAAGGCCUAUCUUCAUAAGCAACACACAUUGCCUUCCCCCAAGAAUGAAAAUGAGAUUUUAGAAAGACAAAAAAGGCUAGAAAAGGAAAUUGCGAGGGACAAAAGGACGGUCAGGGAAGCCUCUCUGGGUCAGAUCCUUUAUCAUCCUCAUAUAUGUCGUUUGUUUGAAAUGUGUACCAUGUCAAACCAUUUUUACAUGCUUUUCGAGUAUGUUUCUGGCGGACAGUUAUUAGAUUAUAUCAUCCAGCAUGGCUCAUUAAAGGAGCACCAUGCGAGGAAGUUUGCUAGAGGUAUUGCCAGCGCGCUGCAAUACUUACAUGCUAACAAUAUUGUUCAUCGAGACUUAAAAAUUGAAAACAUAAUGAUUUCCAGCUCUGGUGAAAUUAAAAUCAUUGAUUUCGGUCUUUCCAAUAUUUUUGACUAUCGGAAACAAUUGCAUACAUUUUGUGGUUCUUUAUAUUUUGCUGCACCAGAAUUACUAAAAGCGCAACCUUAUACAGGGCCUGAGGUGGAUAUCUGGUCAUUUGGUAUUGUCCUCUAUGUUUUGGUCUGUGGUAAAGUACCAUUUGAUGAUGAAAACUCAAGCAUUUUACAUGAAAAGAUUAAAAAAGGUAAAGUGGAUUACCCCUCACACCUAUCCAUCGAAGCUAUAUCUUUGUUAACUAGAAUGAUUGUUAUCGACCCAUUAAAAAGAGCGACUUUAAAAAAUGUCGUUGACCAUCCAUGGAUGAAUAGAGGCUACGAUUUCAAGACACCAUCGUAUGUUCCCAAUCGUGUUCCAAUAACCCCGGAAAUGUUAGAUGAACAAGUCUUGAAGGAGAUGUACCGCCUGGAAUUUAUUGACGAUAUCGAAGAUACAAGAAGAUCGCUGAUUCAACUGGCCACUGAAAGAGAAUACACCCGACUUUCUCAGGAGUAUUGGGACAGGUUAUCAAACUCUAAAGUAUUGAGUUCAUGCUCAAACAACAACUAUUUGAAUUCUACGGCAAACCAAAAUUUAAUUCAUACUCAAGUUUCGAAUAGUCAAUUGCAAAAUGGUUCUAAUGAACCGGAUAAUAAUUUUGAAGAUCCCACUUUAGCAUACCAUCCAUUGUUGUCUCUAUAUCACUUGGUUUCGGAAAUGAUUGCACGCAAAUUAGCAAAAUUACAAAGAAGGCAAGCGCUGGCUCUUCAAGCGCAGACACAGCAAAGGCAGCACCAGCAACGAGUAGCAUCCGAUAAUAAGGGCGCUUUGGUCAACAACUCGCCAGUGGUCAUAACUAAAAUGGUAAGUCCACCGAUGGAUUCAGGUUACAAUGCUGGUAUUUUCCAGGUACCCGCAAUCGUCACACCGAAAACCUCAAACAAUUCACAUCCCCUAAAUAAACCUCCAUUGCAUGUAAUGGUCCCUCCAAAGUUAACAGUACCUGAGCAGGCACAUACUUCGCCAACAAUCAGAAAGAGUUCAGAUAUUCAUACCGAAUUAAAUGAUGUUUUGAAAUCAAGUCCUGGACCUAGAUCUGCGGAGUAUCAGCAGCGCUCUGCUUCACCUGCAGUAGGUGAGCAGCAAGAGAAAAAUACAAUCGGUGGAAUCUUUAGGAGAAUAUCUCAAAGCGGACAAUCCCAGCAGCAAAGGCAACAGGAGUCUCAUUCAGAAAGACAUUCAUCAACAUUCAUGCCAAAGCCGAUUGAAAAUUCUAUCACGAUACCGAAAAGUCAUACUCGUACUAUAUCAGAUUAUAUUCCAAGUGUUAAGAGAAAUCCAUCUUAUAUUGGAAACACCACUGAUUCAAAGCAGCGCAAUUCUGUUAAAAAUACAACCAUAGUACCUCCAGCGAGAUCUUUAUCACAAAAGCAAAGUAACAAUCUUCCCGCUUUACCCCAGAAUGCCGACUUAAUUGUUCAAAAACAACGACAAAAACUAUUGCAGGAAAAUCUGGACAAAUUAAAAAUUAAUGAUGAUGGUAGUAAUAACAACGUGAACACUGCAAGUGAUGACACGAGUAAUGAUAAGGGUGACCAUUAUCUCUCUGUUCCGAAGAACCGUAAAUUACAUCCUAGCGCCAGGGCUAAAUCAGUGGGGCAUGCUCGUCGCGAAUCUUUGAAAUUUACGAGACCACCUAUUCCAGCUGCUCUUCCGCCAUCAGAUAUGACAAAUGGUAACGGCUUCUUGGGAGAGGCAAAUAAGGAGAAGUAUAAUCCCGUUAACAAAAAAUUUUUGGCUGUGCCAGAAGAUCUUACGACGUAUAGCGACAAUUCGUUUGGCAAUACUAGCAACGGAGCCUUUCCGUUAUAUACUCAAGAGCUUACCGAGAAGCAAAUUUUGGAAGAGGCCUCCAAGGCCCCCCCUGGAUCUAUGCCAUCAAUUGAUUACCCAAAAUCUAUGUUUUUAAAGGGUUUCUUUUCCGUACAGACAACUUCCUCUAAACCAUUACCCAUUGUCCGUCAUAAUAUUAUAUCCGUUCUGACAAGGAUGAAAAUUGAUUUCAAAGAAGUUAAAGGCGGCUUCAUAUGCGUCCAACAAAGGUCGCCAACUGCAUCUGCCGUAGUACCUGCAAUAACCACUAGCGACAUGCGUUUCGACUCUGGGAAAGUAAUGGAUUUACAAAACAGUUUAGAUAACCAACUAUCAAGCAGUUAUCAUAGUGCGACAUCCUCGACAUCAAGAAACAGUUCGAUAAAGCGACAAGGCUCUUAUAAGAGGGGGCAGAAUAGUAUACCACUCACACCUUUGGCAGCUAGUACACAUCAAAGAAAUUCAUCUGUUCCUAUGUCUCCAACUUAUGGAAAUCAAACCAAUGGUAUGUCUGGAGAACUCUCUUCCACCUCGUUGGAGUAUGUUCAACAACAGCAAGACGACAUUUUGACGACGUCAAGGGCACAGAACAUAAAUGACGUAAAUGGUCAAUUCGAGCAGAAUAUUGCAUAUGAUAUUAAAGAAAGACCACCUAUCAAAUUUGAAAUACACAUCGUGAAAGUUCGUAUAGUCGGGUUGGCAGGUGUGCAUUUCAAAAAGGUUUCCGGUAAUACAUGGCUGUAUAAGGAACUAGCGUCAUAUAUUUUGAAGGAAUUGAAUCUAUAG